AUGUCGACUUCAUCAACGCAGUCCCGAGGCAUCAACCGACGGAUCAACAGUAUACAGCAAGAUGUCCGACAUUCGCGCAAUCUCUCUGCGUCUCGGAGACGUCUCGUCAACUCUUCAACAGCGUACAGCUAUGCCCUUCGCGUCGCCUAUCUCACCUAUUUGCUGAAUCCCCGUUCUCGUCGCGUACACAAUGUGCCGGCUCCUCACCAGCAGCGCCCAAAACGGGCGUCAACCUCCUUCCACGAUUUGAUGAGUGAUUUCUCGCUUGUGAGAGAUUCGAAGAGCACGAGGUUCCCUAGCGGUUUCGUAUCCGAACUUGAAAAAAGGUUGACGGGGGUUUUGAUGGGAAAAGAGAAAAGGAAGGAAUAUCAAGAUCACCUGGUUGUGAGGACAUUUGCCGCCUUCCUCAACACUUUGAAAGACCAAUCGUUCAAAAAGCGAAUGGAGAAAGAUCGCCGAGCCGAAGACUUAGUCCUUAUAUUCUACUCGAACGCGACAAAAGAGCUGAGCAAAGGGAAAGAUUCAGAUGACGACAGUUGGAAGUUGAUGGUGGACAGACACGUCGCUCUUUUCGUUCGAUUAUUUGCACUUAUCCUAAAGACUCAUGAUUGGGACAAGGAUCGACCCGAAUUAGCGAACAGAUUAUCGGUUCUGGAAAACAAACUUCUUUCCCAUGAUAACGAUCUUAUGCAAGCCGGCGGCUCAACAACAGCAGUUGAGACUACGACUUCUCUCAGCUACGAUGUUAAGGACAUGCCCCUCGUGCAACAUGUUGCAAAGAUAUUCAGCAUCAGCACGCACCAGGUCCAGUCCGACAUCGAUAAGAAUAGAGGUGUGUGGACUGCGAAAGCGGCUCUUCAGGACCUGAAAACAUACCAAGCCCACCUGAACCUCCAGACCCGGAAGACGCUGGCUAAAGAAGACUUCGACAAUGAGGAAGCAUUCGAACACUGGAAAAAGAGUGAAGGCCCGGAUCUGUCCCAGCUGAUGCUGGCCCUUGUACAAUCCAAUCCAGAGCUUGCCAGAAGUACUCCAGGAGGCGCGCUUCCGCAGUUCAACGCCAACGCUGGUGACCUGGGCAACGAUACAGGCGCUGGAACGCUUUCAAGGGUGUCCUCUGACAGGCCGAUUUCUUACGUUAUUGACCAACCAGUAGACCUGAGCUCUUUGUCACUUAGUGACGAUGCAAUUGACAAUUCGGAUGAAUCUGACACAUACACGUUCAUUCCCUCGGAUCCACGGUCAAUGUACAAGUUCAUUAUGGCUCAGACCUUGAGCCAUGAUCUCAAAGACCGCGAUAUUGAAGCAACGCAAGCUACCUCUGAGAUCCCAUCAAUGAAACUUCUCUCAAAACAGUCAACCGAACUGUUGAACGAAAUAUGUCUUCGCUGGCGAAUACCCCAUUUCUCUAGAGUUGUUUUGUUCUUGGACACGAUAAGGGCAAAGUUUGUGGACAACGAGAUUGACCUUGAUACUCUCGAUUCUGCCUUCACAUUUAUCAAAGAGACCCCUCCGUCAGAAGGAAAGAAAAGACACAGUUUCAUGGCUUCCGUUGUAUUUGACAGGAGCAAAUGGACAAUUCAGGAUCUUCUAGUGAUGCAACAAUUACUUUCCUCCCUCCAUGAGGCAUUACUUCGGGAGUUGUACGACGUAAUGAUGGAUUGUUUCGAAGCAAAGCCUCGGCCAAUUGGCCCAGUCAUGUACGUUUUGGAGCAUCACAUCCAGCUCGAUCCCAAUUAUACAGAGGACUUGGAAGAUAUCGAUCGUUUCCGCUCGUAUGUGCGUGAUGGUUUGGCGCAAAAGGCGACUGAAAGGUACCAAGAACUUCUCGGACAGAUUGUUCCGGUUGAAUCUGAAACAUGGGAGCCGAGCCACAUCAUUCAGCUUAGCGAUGCCAUCAUGAAGCUAGCGCAAAAGAUUCGAAAACGCUAUCGAAACAAUCCAGAAAUCAUGGGUGUGAAUCCAUACAAUAUUCUCCUUACAAAUGUCCUUCCCAUAUUCGCCGAAGAUGCCCACGAGAUGGUGGUUAGAAUCAUCGAGCAGGCCAAAUUGAGGGGAGAAGAUGUUGAAUUAGAAGAUGGUUUUGAUCUGUACAAGCAAUUGACAGCUACACGUCGACUCUUUGUGGAGGCUCUACCUGACGCCUCUUUCCCAUUCCACGUGGAAAAUCUUCUGGAGGGCUUUGUCUGGCGCUGGAUUCGCCUGACUGAUCAGAAGAUCAUGGAAUGGGUGGAACAGGCAGUUAGGCAAGACGUUUUUACUGUCCGAGCUGACGAUUUGACAGACGUGGUUCCUGAGGACAAUAGGCACAGCGUAUCUGUUAUUGAUAUAUUUCGCUCAUUUAAUCAAGUGAUUGAGCAAAUGAUACAACUCGAGUGGGAUGAUGAUUUGCAGUAUGCCAAGUUCAUGACUGCACUCUCGAAAUCUAUUGGGACAGGUGUUGCAAAAUAUUGCGAAUCAUUGGAGCAAAUGUUUUCCAGGGAGAUGGACCGACUUUCCCCUGAUCAAGAGGCGGCUAUGAACCAGACUACUCAGGAAAGGAUCAUGCAAAUGGCGAAGGAAGCAUGGGCGAGCAAGGAAAAGAUUGAGCCAUUCCAAUUCUUCCCUGAGUCUUUGGUCAAACUCAACAAUGUUGAAUACGCUCUCUCUCAGCUCGAUAAACUGGAGCAUGAGAUCAAUGUCGACGGGUGUGCCGAAGUGAUUGCGCAACAUGCACCUCCACAGCUGCAGAGGAUCCGCAAAUCGACGACAUAUGUAUUCACUAUCAAGGUUGUGGAAGCUGAAGAUUUGAAAGCUUGCGAUAUGAACGGCGGCAGUGAUCCUUACGUUGUUCUAACUGAUGAAUAUCAGAAGCGAAUUGCGAAGACUCGUAUUAUCUAUAACAACCUCAAUCCCAGAUGGGAUGAUGCUGUUGAUAUAACCACUCAGGGUCCUCUCAACAUCAUUGCAACCAUUUGGGAUUGGGAUGCCGUGGGUGACCACGAUUAUGUUGGCCGUACUUCCAUCAAACUUGACCCAGCUCAUUUCAGUGACUUUCUCCCUAGGGAGUAUUGGCUGGAUCUGGAUACCCAAGGCAGACUAUUACUUCGUGUCAGUAUGGAGGGGGAGCGUGAUGAUAUCCAAUUCUACUUUGGCAAAGCCUUUCGAACGCUGAAGCGCACUGAAAGAGAUAUGACUCGCAAGAUUACGGAGAAGCUUUCUGCGUACAUCAGCCAUUGCUUAUCACGUCGAACUCUCAAAUCCUUGUUGUCCCGGGGACUAAGCAUAUCAAGCGUGUCUAACUUCCUCAGCCGAAAUCGUCCUCAGGGUACUACAACAACCCCUUCAGCUAUAGAAGUGGAAAAUGCGCUCAAGCCACUUUUUGACUACUUCAAUGAUAAUUUUGCAAUCAUGAACAAGACACUCACAUCCGAGGCAAUGAAGAUGGUUAUGGCGCGCUUAUGGAAGGAAGUCCUUGCCACCAUCGAAAGUUUGCUCGUGCCUCCGUUGUCGGACAAACCCUCUCAUCAAAAACCACUUACGAUGCAGGAAGUCGAUAUUGUCUCUCGCUGGCUUGUACUCCUUCUCAAUUUCUUCCAUGCUGUUGAUGAGGAAACCGGCGAAGCCCACGGUGUCUCUCUCGACAUUCUCAAGUCGCCCAAGUACCAUGAGAUCCAAACUUUGAACUUUUUCUACUUUGAGCCCACGGAAAGCCUCAUCCGCACCUCUGAGCGCAUGGCAUCAGCGACGAUAUCCCGGCAGCAAGCCAACAAGAACCGAGUAUCUGCGCCGCCACACAUCGGAACUAGUGGAACGGGCAGUAUCCUUGGCCUCCCCAGCGCACGGCGAGCUAAGAGUAUCAUGCUGUCACGGAACCUAGGGACAAUGAAGAAGAUGAAAGAGGAGAAGUGGCGGGAGGCGCAAGCAGAGCCAAAUGAUGAUAUGAUCCUGCGCAUCCUACGCAUGAGACCCGAAGCAGCUGGAUAUCUGCGUGAUCGAAGCCGUCAAAAGGAAAGGCUUGCCGCUGCAGCUGCUGCAGAUGCCAUUGUGAAACAGAGUCUCAUGGCUGGAGUCGGGGGAAGGAUGACGGGAAUUCUUGGACGAAGAUGA